UUGGUUUCCGUUUUCACAUCAUGGUUAACUUGCGUGUUCAGAAGCGUCUUGCCAGCUCCGUUCUCAAGUGUGGUGAAAGAAAGAUUUGGUUGGAUCCCAACGAGGUCAACGAAAUUGGCAAUGCCAACUCUCGUGCCAAUAUCCGCAAGUUGGUGAAGGAUGGUUUGAUCAUCCGCAAGCCUGACGUGAGCCACUCUCGUUUCCGUGUUCGCGAACGUAACGCUGCCAAGCGUCUCGGUCGUCACAUGGGCUAUGGUAAGCGCAAGGGUACCGCUGAUGCCCGUAUGUCCCGCCAAGUCUUGUGGAUGCGCCGUAUGCGUGUCCUCCGUCGUUUGUUGCGCAAGUACAGAGAGGCCGGCAAGAUCGAUAAGCACUUAUACCACUCCUUGUAUCUCAAGUCCAAGGGUAACGGUUUUAAGAACAAGCGUGUGUUGAUGGAACACAUUCACAAGGCCAAGGCCGAGAAGCAAAGAGCCAAGGUUCUCAACGAACAAGCUGAAGCCCUUCGUGCCAAGAACAAGGCUCUUCGUGAACGUCGUGCUGCCAAACAUGCUCAAAAGAUUGCCGAUAUGCAAUAAGCUUCUUACUGUCGCUUAAAACCUUUUUUCCUUAUAUUGUACAGCCCUUUUGAAAAAUCAUGGAUAAAAGAUUUCCGAGUUUUCUCCUAAAAACCUUGUCAAAUAACUUAUGAAUUUCCUUAUGCGACAGUGACUCCCAUUUCACAGUUUAACCAUGUCAUAGAACUGCUUCGUAUAAUAGUAUAAAAAUACUAUAAUCAGUACCUCCUUGAUUUCUAUGCACCAAUUGCUCACUCAGGCAAUGACGGCGCACAGUUAUUAGAUGGUUUCGUUCUGUUCAGCACAGAACUGUGGUCAGACAUAUGCAGCCUACACAGUCC